CAUGUUUCUGUACAUUAAAACAAAAUGAGUUAUAUAUUGUGUAGGUGGCUGAACACGGAGCUGCGUCUCUCUCAAGUUGUUGGGCCAAAAACCUUUGCCAGAGAUUUUUCUAAUGGAUACCUCAUUGGAGAGAUUUUGCAAAAAUAUGAUCUGCAAACAGACUUUGAUAUGUUUAGCAAAGAUGACAACAAGUCUUCAAAGGCAAACAACUUUAGCCGUCUUAAGCCAACCUUACAAAUGAUUGGAAUAUCACUUGAUGAAACCACUGUCCAGGAGUUGAUGGAGGUGAAGCAGAGCGUUGCCUUACAUCUCAUUUAUACACUAUAUGUUGCACUGAAAAAUAAAAACAAAAUCAUUGGAGGAUCACUCGAGAGCUUUAUGUCAAAGGCUUCCUCUGCAUAUCGACACAAGAAAGAGCAAGACCUGUACUCUGAGAGGCUUCACAGAGGAUUUGACAGUGCAGAUCCCAAGACUGGUCAGAUGUCUCAGCUCAUCGAAGACGGAGAUCAACCACAACUGUUCGAGAAGCAAAGGUUCUACAAAAGCAGCAAGAGCAACAUAGGCUCAGAGAAAUACAGGCACAGCAACUUUUGCCUGGAGGAACCAAAGAGUGAAGCUGUUUAUAUAAAAGAUAUUGAAUCAAAACAGUGCUUAAACUCUGAGUACAUCGAGCAGAUCAGACAAAGACUGAAGGAGGAUGCAUUCACUCAAAAACAGAGGGAGAGGAGGGCAGUUCAGUUUGUUGUGGAGAAGUCAAAGGCCCAAAAAGCUGAGCAGGACGCACAGAUUGAGGAGUCCCUGGUGAAGCAUUUGACCCGACAGACAAAAAUGGAAAAGCGCCUGGUAUCACAGCUCCUGCAGAUCCGCUCACAAAAGGAAAUGCUCAUAAAGAACAACUUGACGAGACAGCAGCAGUUUCAGCAGAGGAGAGAGAAAGACUUUGAGGAGGCACUGGACAGAGAGGCAGCUCUUGCCCGACAGGAAAGACUGGAACAUGCAGCAGAGGUUCAGAGAAACCUGGACAUGUGUAAUAAACUUGUUGCUGAGCGAAAACAAAAGAAAAACAUGAAACACUUUAGCAUCUGCAAAGAGAUCCUGGAGCAGAUAGUGGAUUUAGCCACCAAGGCUGGAGAUUACCACUUACUCAACUCCAGUAUCAUCCCUGAGAAACAGAUGAAGGAGUGGAAGGAGUUCCUGCUCUGUGGCCUGCCUCUGUAUGAGACAGUUCAUGAAGAAGAAGACAACAUGCAGCUCAACCCUGUGGAGCUUCUGAAGCAGGAUGAAUUGAACAAACUUGACUACGAAGAAUACGAGAAUAUGGUUGGUCAAUGGGCGCAGCCAGAAGAAGCACAACUGAUACCAUCACCUAACAGCAGCAUUUUGGACCAUGUGAUUGUUCAAAUGAGAAACAUUGUGCAUCCACCUCCUGCUUUUCCUCCCUUCGUCCUCAAGGCCUGUGUCCUGGGCAAGUCCUGCUCUGGGAAGACCGCUUGCUUGGAUAAAAUUGCACAAGCCCACGGGUUCUACAUUUUAUCCACUGACAAAUUGGUUGAGGAGGUGCUCAAUGCUUAUCACAGUAAAGAUGAGAUUUCAGGUCAGCAUACAAAUUCUCCUGCCAAAGAUGAUCAAGAAUCUACAGAGAAAGUUACAGACAGUAAUUUAACUAAGUGGGCCUUGCUUGGGGAAGCUGCAAACAAAGUGAUGACAGAAGGGAAAGAACUCUCCAAUGUGUUUCUCGUGGACAUUAUAAUAGAGGCAAUCAGACAACUUCCUCCUUAUUCUGGCUGGAUCCUGGAUGGGUUUCCUUUGGACAUCAGCCAGGCACAUUUGCUGGAAAAAGCCCUUGGGGGAGCUGUCGAAGAAGUGGAUGAAGUUAAUUUAAACCCUACCGAUUCAUCUAAGGUCUCAGCUCCAGCUCUGGACUUGGCUUUGAUUCUAGAUGUGUCAGAUGGUUGUGUUGUACCACGAGCUGCAAAACAAACAGUCUCUAUCCAUAAAAGAGUUGCAGAAUUUGAGGAUUCAUGGCCACAAGUGGAAGAAUGGUUUGGUACAAAACAGAAUAUCUUGGUCCGUGUGAAUGCAGAUGUUGAUGAGGAAGAGCUAUUCAAAGCAGUGGAGUCCAUCAUACAGCAAGUUAACCGACCAACAGAAGGUACUUCUGAGUCAUCCUUUAACCAUGAGCACCCCCCAUCUAUUGUUGAUGAGCCACUUCCUACUGUGGAAGUAGAGCGAUUUCAGGAGAUACUUGGUAUUCUCAAAACCUACUAUCUGAGUGUGUGCAAACAGACAGUGCCUGGCACAAAUCUUGAUGUUCAGGAAGAAUGGUAA